GUAAAUUAUAAAUUAAAAAUUUUAUAAUAAUUUUUGAUUGCACUACAAAAUGUUGACCGAAUAGAAACUUGAAUUGAUCAAUAAAUUUUGGUUCUACAGAUAAAAUAUCAAUCGUGGCUUAGACAACUCUGAAAAAAAUAUUUACUUUGGUGCUAAAUAUAUCCAAAUGUCUGAUGAUCAGCGACUCUCAAAAAUGUAAAUUUUGAACUUGAUAAUUUAUUCAAAUCUCUUAUCAUCAUCUCAAUUUAUGAGACUAGCUCUCUUGUUCUUCAUCUGCUUAAUUUAUUUCAAGCAUUUCAAAGACAAAGAACUGAUAGUCAGAUGUUGAGCAUCAAAAUGCAAAGAUCAUCAAUAUUUUUUGUCCUUAUUUUAAUUACUUCAUCAUUGAGAAUGAUUUUUUGUGGAACCAAAAUUGAUGGAGAUUUUGAUGAUACUUACUGGUACCCAUUAGAUAUUAAAGUUUGGACGUGGUGGAUCAACGGAAAUGUUGAAAUUUCAUCAAAAAAUGUUGAAAUUUCAGCAAAACAAAGUGAAUUUAUUAAAGCUAUAAAUUUUAGAAAUAACAAAAAAAUCGAAUUUUUGCCGAUUAAAGUUUACAAAAAAUUGCCAAAUUUGAAUGUGUUUCAAGCUUUCAAUUGUGCUGUUCAAGAGGUAAAAUAUGAGAAUUUUCAAAAUCUUGCUGAACUUCAACUAGUGUCAUUGGCAUCCAAUGAGAUAUCAAACAUUCCAAAAGAUACUUUCAAGGAUUUAUCAAAUCUGAAACAUUUGGAACUGAGAAUGAAUAAUAUUCAAACUAUUCACGAGUUGUCUUUUCAAAAUCAUAUCAACUUGAAAUUCCUAAAUAUUGGAAGUAAUGAAAUUUCUUACAUUUCACCGACAACUUUUGAAAAUUUAAAGGAACUACGAAAUAUAUCCAUGUCAGAUAAUACUCUUCAGUCACUUGGAGAUGAACAUUUUAAAAACAACAAGAAGCUUGAAAGAAUUUGGCUACAAAAUAACAAAAUUCAUAUUUUAAGUCCAACAAUGUUUGAUCAUCUUAAAAACCUUGUUGUUGCUAACUUUACGGGCAACUCUUGUAUUGAUAGACUUUUUGAGGUCAAUGAAGAUGAAUUUUGUGCUUUGAAAGUUUUAGGAUUAAAGGAAAUAAUAAAGAAGAAUUGUGAAAGUUAAAAA